AUGAACUUCUUAGAUAAGAGAAAUAAAAUAGAGAUUCUUCAAGAGAGAGCUGCUCUUUAUAAUAAGGUGCAGGAUGAACUUUAUGAAAAGGAAGUCCCUGAAUUCGAACAUACAAAAUUAAUUAAACCAGUUUUAGAUUAGCAUAUUGAAGAGUUUGCUACACAAUAACCUCCUGCAAAUCUUAAUAGUCUAACUAGAUCAUUGCCUAAACCUCCUGUAUCAGUUUUGACCACUUCUGCAUUGAUUUCAUUAGGACUUGAUAAUUAUGGGACUAUGACUACUCAAAUGUAGGAUGUGAAUCGUAAAAGGGAGGACGAUUUUAAUCAUUAUAAAUAACUGAAAAAGGAAGGGCGAUUAGAGGAACUCGUGAAACCACUAAAAUAACAGAAGGAAAAAGAUUAAGCUACUUAAGCAAUUCUAUUCAAGGUAGAUCAUAUUAAAGAUUAUGAAGAUAAAACUCACACAGGAUAUGGUUAACAUAAGUCAGCACAUAGAACAUAUUAUGUUGUUGAUGAGACCAUGAAGGAGAUGAUCAAUGAGCCAAACAUAAAAAAUCAUCUGAUGAAAAAUGACUUAAAUACAUUUUUCGACUCUUACCUCAAACACAAAAAUACUUUAAGAGGGGCGGUGAAGCAACCUGCUCGUGCAAAAUGA